AAGGCGUGUGAUCAAUCUAAUUAAGCUCAAUAGUCUAAUACGUUGUAUAGAGAUAGUUCAAUUUUAUUGUUUCGUUUUCUGCGUUUUCUGUUGGUACACAAUGAUAUCAAACAUUACUCUAAAAGUGAAGAACUAAUUAAGAUGAAAAGAUAUUUUAUGGAAAUAGGAAUGGAAUAUACAUAGUUGUUACAAAUUGGGUAUUUUUCAAAAAGACAAAAUGAUGUUGAUGACAAAUCACCAGAUGGGUGAAUACCUGUGUGUAGGGGACCAGAUUGCGUUAUACUCGGUAGAAACAGAAGGAUAUGCUUACAGUGUCCAAUCAAGCUCUGUCCAUAGUGGACUAUACAUUUAUCAGAACCAGGACAGGGAAAAACCAACAAAGAUACCUAAUCCACAUGCGGUUGUUUUUGAGGUUUGCAUUCAAAACCGCUAUAAACUGAAUAAAAAGUUAAGGAAGCUAUCGGCACCAACCACAUCACAAGGAAAUCUUCUCGAGGUUAAUGACAAGGGUGCCAUUUUACACCAAGCUAAGCUUGCAGCCCAGGCUGAAGAUGCAGAUAAUGCAGCGGAACAGAAACGACAAAUGGGGAAACGUGUUCGCUAUGGGGAAAUUGUUCAGCUGAAACAUGUGUUAACCAGCAAGUAUGUGCAUAUGUGUACGUCCCAAACGAGUCAAAGAGAUAAAAAUAAUAUGAUGAUAAUGCUUCAUAACUACAAUGCUAAGAAUGCACAGUUUCGCAUCCUUCCACAAUACAAAGUAAAAUCUGAAGGAGAAGUGGUUCAGAUAUAUGACCAGAUAGUUUAUGAAAGCAUAAAAUCGCCUGGUCACUUUUUUCAUGCUAGUCAGCCUUUUAAUGUAGAUCAUUUAACUUAUGGAUCGGAAAUCAACCUUGGUGUAGAACGAUCGGGGUUUUCACUUAUCAGAUUUCAUCCUGGAAUACCAGAGCAUGACCCUUAUGUCAGGGGAGGCAGUUGUAUACGGUUGUUCCAUAAGGAGUUGGAGGCUUACUUGGUGGCAGAAGGCUUAUUUGAUGAAGAAGUUACCGAAGAUGUUCAUUUUAGGAUACGAGUUAUGGACCAGCAUAAACCAAGAACAUUAUCUCCGCCGACUUCAGGAAACACAUUUUGGCAAAUUGAAGCUGAAAAUGGAAUAUUGAAUGGUGAUAUAUUGAGAUGGGAACAGCAAGUGAGACUACGUCACAUGACAACACGAAAGUACCUGUGUAUAGAUGCUACCAAAGAAAUCACAUUGACUGAUGACAACGAAGAUCCAAAAACAGUGUUCAGACUUUACUCUGUUAUAAGUGAACGAGAUGAAAUUCGUUAUGAAAGCUAUUGUAGAAUUGAGCAUGUUUUAACUGGAUUUUGGUUACAUGCACUGAAAGAUGAAGACUAUAUUCGAAAGAAAUUUCGAGAUAUGGAGAACAGUAAUGAUCAAAGUCUGCGUGGACUUCGCUGGGAUUCUGCACCAGUUCGACAGGUUGCAGCAAGUGGAGAGAGUCAAUAUGACGAUGCUUUUACAAUACAAUAUGUAGAACAAUAUCAAAUUACAGAAUUCAACUUCGCAUCAGGAAUGGUACCCUUUCUACUGAACCUUGUUGAAGAUAGAAAGGAAGGACAUUACCUAAACGCAAAGAAGACACAUACCAUUUUAACUGCUAUGGAUGAACUAAGGAAAUUUAUGAUGAUAAAAGACCUCCCAAGUAAAAAUAGACAGAAGCUAAUGAGAAACUUGAGGAUAAUAGAUUUGUUGGUGAAAAUAUUGCAAUGUCCAUUAGAUGGAAGUCAUGACGAACAAAAUUUAAUACAUGUAUUCAAAGAGGCAUAUGAAAUACUGUAUACCUACAUGAUUGGGAAGAGCAGGAAGAAUGCAUUAUAUUUUGCAAAAUAUAUAGAAUUCUUUCAAACGCAGUUUACGCAAAAGGGUGGAAUAGGAUUGAACGUUGCACAAAUGAUUGUUGAACUGAUUAGAGACAAAAGGAAAAUUGUAGACAGAAUAACAAGAGAACAGAUCGACGAGUUUGUCGGACUUUUACAAAAGUCACAGAACUACAGAUUUCUAGAUUUACUACAUGUGCUGUGUGUUUGUGAUUCUGUUGCGAUUCCAAAUAACCAGUCCUACAUUGUCAAGAAAUGGUUACAAACUGAGCAGGGUAGAGGAAUAUUUUUAACUGCUAGAGGGCAGGAUAUCAACAGGCAGCCAAAUAUUUUGUACAUUACGACUGACAGUGGAGCAACAUGGAGAGCCCUUCAUCAGUUUGUCGAUCCUUCUGACGAAGAGUAUGACAAAGAUCAACAUGAUUUCUUUAUACAUCAGCUUGACCUUUAUAAAGCUCUCUGUUAUGGUAGAAACGAUUAUACAAUUAAUAUGCUGACCAAAGAAUUGAGAUAUCUGACAUGGGAAGAAACAUUUCUGUCACUGAGAUCAACAAUUUUACCGGAUGCAAUUAGAGCAAAAUAUUGUGAUCUUACAACAUGUAUGUUUGUUGAUACGGGGAACAACUAUUCAGUAUUAGACCAUCCAAACAUAUGUUUCAUAUACGAAUAUGUUGGAUCAAAAGACGAAGAGAAAAGCCAAGGAGAUUUCGUUGUCAAAGAGCUUGUUGCAAUUUUCCCCGUUUUAAGAGACUGGAUUGCUGAUUUCCUUGACCAGAAUAAAUGCAUGUUUGCGUGCGAUAUAGGUCAUAACAUGCUUAUUGAACAGGUUGUGCGUCUGUUGUACCAUUUGGUAAAGUUUGGAUACUAUUUAGACGCUGAAGAUGUAAAGAAUCUUUUGCCGCCAUUGCUCAACCUAUUGGAUGGAAGACAUGAUUUUCCAUACCCGAGAGAAAAGGAUAAAGAAAAGAAAGAAAAAGAUUACACAAAAGAACAGAAAAAGUUGGUGUCAAAAUAUCAAACAUCUGAACGCUGGGACAAAUCUCCAGAGACAGAGGCUAUUGUCAAUGCCAAAUAUCAGGUAUUAGAAGUUCUUGACCUCCUCCUUACUUAUCAGAGAAAUUCAAGACUCCAGAGUUUUGUCUCCAAAUUCAAAGCAGCUGAAGAAUCAAAAGGUCAAAGAAAUGUACAAGAAUCUAUGUUGCGUGAUUCAUUUAACCCUCAUGAUCAGUCGAAGAAGGCAUUGUCUUUGCAAAGAAAAAUAAACAAAGAACUGAGAGACAUGUUUAACCAGUCAGCCUUAUUUGAUAUUGAUUUUCUUACCAAAGUACUGGUGGAUCUCUCAAUGUACAAGUACAACAAAAUGAUAACGAAGUCAUUGAACAUCUUGAACAAGCUGUAUUCAUCAAAGACAAACAUGUUCAAGCUUUCCACAAAAGCUCAGAUUUUACUAACACAAGAUUCGUCAAGAGUGCACAGAGAGGUGUUGAAAAACAUGCCAAUUUUGAGACGAUUAGCCAGAACAAAGCUAGACGACCAACAAGUGAAAUUAAUGUGUUCUAUCCUGGACGAUUUAGCCGAAUUUUGUCACCUACCAAUGACUCCCGAUGAACCACACCCAAUGAACCAGAAUAUCAUGAUAAGCAAUGGAAUCCUGACGAUCUUAUUUGAUGUUCUCACUCAAGAAAUCGAUACGAAACUUUUAGAGCUGUACAGAGGAAUGAGAGAUGUUUUCCAGAAGACGUUUCAGCUAGUUAAAUUGCUUGCUCGUGAAAAUGCCCAUGUUCAACAUCAUUUAUUUGAGAGAAUAGAUGUGUUAUUGGAUGUGAGAGUUGUCGAGUCAGACCUUGCUUUAGCCUUGAAAGAGGUUUUCAUUGGAAAUCAAAAUACAUGUUUGAAAAUCAGCCCUAGACAAAUACAGAAAAUUGUUUCACGUGCAGCUGAAAUGCAGGAACGUGCUCCAGAAUUUCUUGACCUCUUAGGCAUGAUCGUAAAAGUUGUUGGAUCAGACCUAACGUUAAAACGAAACCAAGCUUUUGUUAUGAAGUAUAUCAUGCAAAAUUACAAGAAGUUGGCGUAUGUCCUUGAUAUGUCACGUGAAGACAGGGAAAAUAUAUUGACAGAUCCAUCUAAAAUGACCACUAUGAGAUAUUAUUUGAGUGUUCUAGAUUUGCUUGCACUGUGUGCAGAGGGUGAAAACAUGUUUAUAGAAUCUCUAUGCCAAACAAUUUUGCCAAUGGAUGAUUUGUUAUGGGUGUUGAAUAAUUCAGCGAUAGAUAACACAUACAAGAAACCAUUCUUGCGAUGUCUGCACCAUGUGUACAUGAAAAGUAUGGGACCAGAGGGUGUUGACGCUGGGGCAGGAGAAAUGCCUCACAAUGAGGAACUGUGGGACUAUCUAUCAAACCUUUCAAUAGAAAUGAACAGAUUGACAGACAGUAUAAAAGAAGACCCUGACAAAAUAGCAAUUCAACUGAAAACAGCUCCAGAAAAGAGUGGCUCUGCUAGUGCUCCCGAUUUCGAGUCAGCUGCAUAUGGGUCAGUUCUGUAUUUCUUGGAUGCAGUUUUGCCAUUCCUUGAGACAUUUUUUCGAGAUUUUUAUUAUCCAGACCAGUCUACAUACAGUAAUGAGAUAGACGAGACGGAUCAUAUAGCAAAGGCAAUAGUGAUGUUUUCAGAAAUAGUGGGUCCGCUUCUGUUUAAGCCACAACAUAUGAAAAAUGUUGUCAACGCAAUGACUAUAAUUGUACCUGCUUCAAAUAUGCCUAACUCGAAUAUUGAACAUGUGCUUGGACGUUUUUCAUGUGGUAUAACAAUUGAGGACACUUCGUCUGCAGUUAGAAGGGGAAACAUUGAAUACUACACAGAUGAAGUUGAAAUCAAUUAUAAAUUCAAGCUGUUUGUCAAGAAUGCUGCCACUGUAUUUGCUGGUCACAAUACUGUAUCUGCACAGCUAAAGUUCAAGUCUAAUAGAGAAUUUACUGAACUAGGAGGGAACGAAGAAUUGCCUUUGGGUGAAGAAUUCCAAACCUUGGUUAAAGUUUUUAUUGAUCUUCGAGAAAAGAAAGCAGAAAAAAGAUAUGAAUUGUUGGCAGUACUGAUAGAGCAACUUCAUAUUUCCAUUGCUGACAAGAGAAUGACAGAAUCUGCAAGAAAUGAGAUGGACGAUCUGAACAUUAAAUGCUUGCAAAUUUUGAGAGCAGCCAUUCAUAAUGAAGAACGGAAAAUGGACGAAAAUUGGGAAGUUAGAACAGCAGAACAUAAAAUAGAAAAACACUUGAAAUGGAUAGCAAGCAUACAGAACUUUUUCGAUCGGAAAGGUUCAAUGAGCAAAUGUUUGCCCCAUUUAGCGACGAGAAAUGAAGACGUGGCAAGAGAAGUCCUAGGCUUUCUUUGUGUGCUGUUGUUUAACGCAAAUCAAACAGUUCAGAAAUCAAUGUUGUCUUAUUUCCUUUCAACAAGAGAAGAAGUCUUUUUCAUGGCCGUAAGAGAUAGGAUGGCUCUUUCAACUAAUUCAAUCAAAGAAAAACGUUCACUGAACUCUCAACAAUCUCAGAGGAAAAAAGAAACAUCAAAGACAACGGGGAAAAUAUCAGAGGAUUCCUUCCCCGUAUCCAGAUUGGCUCUGAAGCAAAUUCAAGCGUAUGAAGAUACUCUGCGACAGCAAAGAUUGGCAGGAUGGUCGGUCAAAAGAAAAAUAUCCAGUAAGAAACCUAAAAAGAAAAAGAAGCAAAAGAAACCAAAAGAAAGGAAACCGAAACCUGCAAUUAAAGUAAAAGAUUCAUCUAUAAAUGGAAUAAAAAAGGAAGUCACGUUUGUAAACCCAGCUCGGAAGGAAAAGCAAGCUUUAAUUGCACAAAAUGGACCAAACUCCGUAGCAAUCAAAAUACUUGAAGAUCCUGAACCUGACGAAAUUGAAGAAACACCGGUAUCAAUAUCGGAAGGGCCCGAGUACAGACAUGAUGGUUAUAUUGAGCUUGUGCUGAAAGUAAUGGCCAGAAUGUGUGAUGGUCAAAACCAUGAUUUACAGGAUUAUCUCAGAGAACAGCCGGAUAAUGUGAAAUCUUUCAAUAUAAUCGCAGAAGUGACUAGAUUUUUGAAUGUUGUAUAUUCCAAUAUCAAUUUCAAGAGCAUUGAUUUGGUUAUUCAGCUGUUCAAUACGAUGAAUGAAUUUACUGCCGGUAAUCAAGAAAACAGAAUUGUCAUUUAUGACAACAAGAUUAUAGAUUACAUCAAUUUCAUUCUUAGAGCUGGUGAUUUUGAAUCAUGCACUACAGAAAAGAUUCUGUUACUGAGAGAGAGUAUAGCAAAUCUGGUUCUAUCUUUAAUUGAAGAAAAUGGACCAGGGGCUUCCGAAGUCAGUCUGGAGGUCAAAGAUACGUUAGACAAAGUUGCUGUUCUUCAGUUAAUGCAAGAAUGCUACGAAGUUCAUGAACCAGACAAAAAGAAAAUUGCAGAAUUAAAAAGCAUAAUGAUGGAUGAACCAAUAGCUCCCAAAUCAAAAAUGAAAUCAUUUUCCAAAAUCGGCGGUUCGUUUCUACGAAAGGUGAAAGGUAAACAAUUAGAUGAACUAGCAGAUGCAUAUAUGGAUGUUGGUUUUCGGUUUUAUCUUAUAUUUAACCGAAUGAUUGAUGUGGAUCCAAAACUAUUAAACAAUCCAAAGCUGAAAAUGAAUCCUAUAGAGCAACGGGCUUUUAUCUUUUACAAAAAGAAUUGUAUGUCGAUAGAAAUUGUAAAAGACGACGAACUUCAGAAAGUUAACUUCAGAGUCAAAAACAAGAGAGUACUGAGAGAAGAAGUCAAAGAAAAUUUGAAAUGGAAUGUGGAUCGAUCUUCACCAAGCAACAAAAUUCGAGACCUGAUGGGUUGGACAAAGGACAUAAUGAAGGAUAUAAUAUACCAAAGGACUAUACUAAGUAACCCAAUAGCCAUAGGUUUAACUAAGGGUUGGCUUGUAUGGAACCAUUUAGUAACAGCCAUCAGUUUUGUUAUCAAUAUCUUAAUGCUAGUCACGUGGCAGGCUAAAGGAUCACUAGGUGUCCCAGCACAAAUAAAGGACAAUACUACAGCGACACCCCCAGAGAUAGACCCAGCGAUUUAUAAUCCUACGCCAGAUAUAGCAGUCUUGUCUCUAGAGCAGUAUGAUAUAGCAAUAUAUGUUCUUGGAGGAACUCAUAACUUCUUAUGUGUACUGAUCCUAAUAAGUUAUUUUGUUGGAAACCACCCACGUUUGCCGAAAAUCAAGACGACUAUUGAGUCAAUUAAACAGACCUUCAGUAGGAAAAAGAAAGAUGAUGACCACGAGGAAGACGCCAAGAAACCACAUCAGUCCAAACUCGAUGCCAAGUUAUUGAGCUUUACAACAUUCUACUAUUUAGCAUUUCUAGCGUUAUCUAUUGGUGGAACUUUAGCACAUGGAUAUUUUUUUGCAUUCCACAUGCUGAAUAUAGUGAACAAUAAUCAGUUAUUGAGUGGAGUAAUCAAAGCUGUAACACAGAACGGCAAAUCACUGGUAUGGGUGGCUAUACUUGGCUUGGUUGUGUUUUAUCUGUAUGCCAUCGUUAGUUUUGCCUUAAUGAGAAGCAUGUUCGAUCCAGAAUCCUAUUUGUAUUGUGCCUCGUUAUGGCAAUGUACUAUUACAGUUAUUAGAUAUGGUUUGAUAGGGGAAUUAUUUGAGGAAAUGAAAGCCCAUAAAUCGGAAGCAACCUUUGCUAAGUUUGGUUGGGUUGUUCUGUAUCAUGUUUCCUUCUUCGUAUUCAUCACUACCAUUGGUUUGAACAUUAUAUUUGGUAUCAUUGUGGACACAUUCUCGGAACUCAGGGACCUUAAGUGGACUUCGGAGGCGGACAUGCGUGAUACUUGUUUCAUAUGCAGCAGAAACAGUUAUGACUUUGAGCACCACGGAAAGGGCUUUGAUCAUCAUGUUAGACAUGAACAUAACAUGUGGGCAUACGUCUUUUUCUUCAUUCAUUUGAAUGGCACAAAAGUAAAUGACUACACAGCACUGGAAAUGUAUGUUUACAAAUUGUUGUUGAAAGAAAAUUACGACUUCUUUCCGCUAGAUCGAGCUCUAUCACUGUCAGGAAUGGGCAAGGAUUCCACAGAAACCAAGAUCGAUGAUCUUCUUUACCAUGUCACAUCAAUAGUAGAAAGACAAAGAAGAGAGGAACUUGAGAAGACACGGAGUGAAGAAAGGGUAAGACAAAAAGUGUGGGAGCAGAAACAUCGACUCGGGUCAUUCAGACGACGUGCAAAAUUACCAGUCCCAGCCGAACAAGAUCCUCUGACCGGAAUGAUUUAUCCUCAGUUACCAGGUGAUGACCCCACUACUCAACUAGCACCACCACAACAAUACCUAAAACCUACAUAUCCUCAGUCAGGUGUAUUAAGUGGAAGAACUAGCCCUAGAAGGUACAGUGACGUAGGACUUGCAACGAGUAUGCUAGGAAGAGAUAAAUCAGAAUUGUUAUCGCCUUUGCCUGUUGCAUCUAGAUAUGACAGGCGACCAUCCAUUGGGAGUCGAAGUGGAAGCCCAAGUAGGAUGGAACAUGAUCGAUUGAGGAGAAGAAGUCCAUCUCGGUAUGAUGAUGAUGAUCCAUAUCUUGGCAGUGUUAGCCCGAUCAGGUAUGAAGAUAGACUGAGAAGCCCAUCAUGGUCUCGGCAGGGUAGUGAUGGAGAAAUAAGACCAAUAACACCUAGUCCUUUAACCAGACGAGAUACUAUCACAAGUGGUAUGUUAAGUCCAAGAUGGCAGGAAAGCAGAACAACAAGUCCAAGAGGUGGUAUUCAGUUCUUCCCUGAAACAGAAGCUUUCCCACCACCUCCGCCUUCUUUCAUGGAUCGUCGAGGAAGCACAGAUAGAAGAGCUAGCGAUUUUAGACCAGAAUCGGUAGAGGGGUUGUUUGACCUUCCAGAGUUCGACCACCCGGGUGAUAGAGACAGGGAUGCAGACAGCACACAUAGUAGUGAAUAUAGAGGGGUCUCUCGAUAUUGAUAUGGUACCUCAAGUGUUCAGCUGACAGAUGAUAUAUAAUUUUGAGUGACUUAAAGAAUUAUGUAUGGACAAAUCAAUUCAAUAAUAAUGAUAUAAAAAAGUAACUACAUAUAUACUUAGGUGUUGCCUGGUGUAUUGUUGUGACUUAAGUCACAACUGUCUGAAUGUUUGCUUUCGCUGACUUGAAAAUGUGAUGUUUAAUUGACUUAUACCUUGCGUCUAUAGACUAUAACAUGUUUUAGCAGGCUAAAGAACUUACAUUUGAAAUUGUAGACACAAAAAGUCGUCAAUAUUAAUACACGAAAUUGAUGAGGAUAUACAUGUUGUCACAGUAAAAAUAAACUAAAAUAAAUAUUAGAGUUCUUGAUUAAUAUCAAAAUAAGGAGAUUCGUCGUAUUUGGGAUACAAUAGUAAGAAUACAAUAAUCUCGGUUACAAAAUGCACAUAUUCUUUCAUUUAAUAUAUAAUCAAAGCCAAAAUGUUUAUAUAGUCUAUUUUGCACAUUGCAUGCAGAUAAUUGUAACUGUAUACUAUAUGUCAACGUCACCAUAUUGUACAAUGUCACUUGCAUUUCAUCUCUAGAGUAUCAAAUUAUAUUAAUCAAUAUUCAAAACUUAAAGUCAAUGAAUUUAAUGUUGUUUUCCAUUUUAAUCUUUUGACUUAUUUUCGUUGAUCAUAUAACAAACAUUUCCAUGGUUGAUCACCAUUGAUUGAACAUAAUGUGUUUCAUGAAUAUAAUGCUAGGAGGAAGCCUAAAAAUUGUUUUUGGAAUUUUAUAAUUCCUUUUCAGUAGCAUAUGAUAUAUAAAGAUCAUGUGUGUGUUUGUUAAUAGAUUUUGAUAAUAUUUGUGUAUAUAUUUAUCACAUUUCGUAGGAAAAAUGAGUAUCCUUUAUAACCUGUUCAUGAAAAAUAAUGUGCUAUCACAAAUACCUGUUUGAAUGUUUCAAGACUGCUUAACCAAUGCUUAAAAAAGAUGCAUUACGGUAGUUGACUUGAACAUGAAUCAUAACAAACCAGUAAAAAAAUCAUAUGUUUUGUUUUAAACAAAACAUAUGAUUUUUUUUCCUCAUCAUUAAAAUGUGCAAUAUUCAUAGAAGAGACUAUUAGACUGUAUGUUAUGAAGUCCAAUUAAAGUACGAGCUCAUUUAAUAUAUUUUGGAGAAAAUUAGUCGUAAUUAUAUUUUGCCUUUUUUGUAUAAAGCACGUGUAUCAUGUGUAUUUUCAAUACCACGCUAAACUUUUAUAUGCUAUUAUUUAUGCUUGAUUGAAUCGGAAAUUGUAGCAUUCGCCAGGGGUACAAUGACUUAAAUGAUUAAUUCAACUAUACUAGAUUUGUUUUCUCUUUGCUUGUGUAUCAAUAAACGUUUAUGCUAUC